ACGCUUUCAUCCCUCCAAAAUCCUCCCCUCACACACAGCUUUUGUCUCUCAGAAGUCUGAACCCCAAAUCUCAAACGGAUAUCCAUUUCACCAGCCUAAAGAAAUGAGCGGCUACCAGAGCCGAAAGCGGGACCACGGCGACUCAUGGGUCCCCAGGAAGAAGAAGGUCAUGCGCACCGCCGAGGAGGAGCUGGAGUCCAAGCUAGGGUUCGACCUAUUCUCCGAAGGCGAUACCAGGCUUGGCUGGUUGCUCAAUUUCGCCACUUCAUCUUGGGAGGAUCAAGAGACCCGUAAAUUAUAUAGUUGUGUCGAUUUGUAUUUCGUUUCACAGGAUGGUUCUACUUUUAAGUCAAAAUACAAGUUUCGCCCUUAUUUCUAUGCAGCAACUAAGGAGAAAAUGGAAAUGGACGUUGAAGCAUAUUUGAGACGGCGUUAUCAAAAUCAAAUUGCUGAUGUUCAAAUAAUGCAGAAAGAAGAUCUUGAUCUCAAAAAUCAUUUGUCUGGCCUUCGCAAGUCCUACUUAAAGCUAUCAUUCGAUAACGUUCAACAACUAAUGAAUGUCAAGAGUGACCUACUGCAUGUCGUUGAAAGAAACUGUGCCAAAUUUGAUGCUGCAGAAGCUUAUGAGUCAAUAUUAAUUGGGAAACGAGAACAAAGGACUCAAGAUUUUCUAGAUUGUAUUGUUGAUCUUCGUGAAUAUGAUGUUCCAUACCAUGUUCGCUUUGCCAUUGACAAUGAUGUACGAUGCGGGCAGUGGUAUGAUAUUAGUGUAUCCAGUACUGGUGCUGUGCUUAAGAUGAGGACAGAUCUUCUCCAGCGUGCUGAAGCUCAUGUCUGUGCAUUUGAUAUUGAGACGACGAAGCUACCUUUGAAAUUUCCAGAUGCUGAAUAUGAUUUAAUAAUGAUGAUUUCAUACAUGGUUGAUGGACAAGGUUACUUGAUUAUUAACAGAGAGUGUGUUGGGGAUGAUAUAGAGGAUUUGGAGUACACUCCAAAACCAGAAUUUGAAGGGUUUUUCAAGGUGACAAAUGUGAAGAAUGAGGUAGAGCUUCUAAGAAAAUGGUUUUCCCAUAUGCGGGAGGUGAAGCCUGGAAUUUAUGUCACAUACAAUGGUGAUUUUUUCGACUGGCCUUUCCUGGAAACCAGAGCCGCGUAUCAUGGGUUCAAACUGAAUGAUGAGGUUGGAUUUCAAUGUGACAAGAAUCAGGGGGAAUGCCGAGCUAAAUUUGCUUGCCAUCUUGACUGUUUUGCAUGGGUCAAACGUGAUAGUUAUCUUCCUCAAGGAAGCCAGGGCCUUAAGGCUGUUACAAAGGCAAAGUUAGGUUAUCAUCCGCUGGAGGUAAAUCCUGAGGAUAUGGUUCGCUUUGCAAAGGAGAAGCCUCAGAUGAUGGCCUCCUAUUCUGUUUCUGAUGCCGUCGCGACUUAUUACUUGUAUAUGACUUACGUUCAUCCAUUCAUUUUCUCUCUCGCAACUAUUAUUCCAAUGUCCCCGGACGAGGUUUUGCGCAAGGGUAGUGGAACUCUUUGUGAAAUGCUUCUCAUGGUCCAGGCAUACAAGGCAAAUGUUAUUUGCCCUAAUAAACACCAAUCUGAUCCGGAAAAGUUCUAUAAAAAUCACCUUUUAGAGAGUGAGACUUAUAUAGGUGGCCAUGUUGAAUGCCUUGAAAGUGGUGUUUUUAGAUCUGAUAUUCCAACUAGUUUCAAGCUUGACGCCUCUGCCUAUGAGCAAUUGAUCAACAAUCUUGAUCGAGAUCUUAAAUAUGCUAUAAGAGUAGAGGGUAAGAUGGACUUGGAAUCAGUAUCCAAUUAUGAAGAUGUGAAGAGUUCUAUAUUGGAAAAGCUUAUGGGGUUGCGAGAUGAACCUAUACGUGAAGAGUGCCCCCUUAUUUAUCAUCUGGAUGUUGCUGCAAUGUAUCCCAACAUCAUUUUGACAAACAGACUUCAGCCAUCAUCAAUAGUUACAGACGAGAUUUGCACUGCUUGUGAUUUCGACCAUCCAGGCAAAACAUGUCUUCGCAAGCUUGAAUGGGUUUGGCGUGGAGAAAUAUUCAUGGCAAGGAAAAGUGACUAUUAUCAUUUGAAGAAGCAAAUUGAGUCUGAGUUUGUUGAUUGUGGCAAUUCCAAGCUGUCAAAAUCUUUUCUUGAGCUGCCUAAAAUGGAACAACAGUCAAGGCUCAAAGAGCGUCUUAAAAAAUACUGUCAGAAGGCGUAUAGAAGAGUAGUGGACAAGCCAGUCACUGAAGUUCGAGAAGCAGGGAUAUGCAUGAGGGAAAAUUCAUUUUAUGUUGAUACAGUUCGUAGCUUUCGAGAUAGAAGGUAUGAGUACAAAGGGCUUAAUAAGGUUUGGAAGGGGAAGUUGUCUGAAGCCAAGGCUAGUGGAAAUUCUAUAAAAAUCCAGGAAGCACAAGAUAUGGUAGUGCUUUAUGAUUCAUUACAACUUGCACAUAAAUGUAUACUUAAUUCCUUUUAUGGAUAUGUCAUGCGCAAGGGUGCAAGAUGGUAUUCCAUGGAAAUGGCUGGAGUAGUUACAUAUACCGGAGCCAAAAUUAUUCAGAAUGCUCGCUUGCUGGUUGAGAAAAUUGGAAAACCUCUCGAGUUAGACACAGAUGGUAUCUGGUGUGCACUCCCUGGAUCUUUUCCGGAGAACUUUACAUUCAAAACAAAAGACAUGAAGAAGCUGACUAUCUCAUAUCCAUGUGUAAUGCUUAAUGUUGAUGUGGCGAGAAACAAUACAAAUGACCAAUACCAGACUCUUACAGAUCCUGUUAAGAAUACUUACACAACUCAUAGCGAGUGUUCAAUUGAAUUUGAAGUGGAUGGACCAUACAAGGCAAUGAUUCUUCCUGCUUCUAAAGAAGAAGGCAUUCUAAUUAAGAAGCGAUAUGCUGUUUUUAAUGAUGAUGGGACCCUUGCUGAACUUAAAGGUUUCGAGAUCAAGCGUAGAGGUGAGCUGAAGCUCAUCAAAGUUUUCCAGGCUGAGCUUUUUGAUAAGUUCCUUCACGGUUCUACUUUAGAGGAAUGCUAUUUUGCAGUUGCUUCUGUCGCCAACCGUUGGCUUGAUCUCCUUGAUAAUCAAGGAAAGGAUAUUGCAGACAGUGAGUUGCUGGAUUAUAUAUCAGAGUCAAGCACCAUGAGCAAGUCUUUAGUAGACUAUGGAGAGCAAAAGUCAUGUGCAGUGACCACUGCAAGACGUCUUGCUGAUUUUCUUGGUGAUACGAUGGUCAAAGAGAAAGGACUGCGUUGCCAAUAUAUAGUUGCAUGUGAACCAAAGGGCACACCUGUUAGUGAGCGUGCUGUUCCAGUUGCAAUAUUUGAAACAGAUGCUGAAAUUAUGAAGUUUUACGUAAGGAAGUGGUGCAAGGUUUCAUCAGAUGUUGGCAUUCGUUCCAUUAUUGACUGGUCCUAUUACAAGCAACGCCUUGGUUCAUCAAUUCAGAAAAUUGUCACCAUUCCGGCUGCAAUGCAAAAGGUUGCAAAUCCUGUUCCUAGGGUAGCUCAUCCUGAUUGGCUGCAUAAGAAGGUUCGUGAGAAGGAUGACAAAUUUCGCCAGCGCAAGUUGGUUGAUAUCUUCAAGUCAUUGAACAGGGAUCAUUUGCUAGAAAAGAGCAGUGAUGCUAUUGACUCUAAUCAUGUGAUUGACCAAGAGAUUGUGGAUGAUUUGGAAGACUUCAACAAAAAAAGCAGUUCCAUAAGUGGACCCAGACCAAUUGUUCGCUGUUAUGAAGUCAAUAGCAAGAAAUAUUCAGUCAAGACAACUUGCCAAAUAAAUUCACAGCAACAACAAACUAAUAAUAAAGAAAAUGAGUGUCAAGAGCAAAAUGGUGUCCCUUUAGAAUGCAUUGAUAGAAAUGUUGAUUAUAAUGGUUGGCUUGAAAUGAAGAAGAGAAAAUGGAAAUAUACUGUUGACAGGAGGAAGAAGCAAAGGAAAAUUGCCAUCCAACUUGACAGAUUAAAUAACACAAGGUCUGCUCACCAUGCUAAUAAUGAGCUGCAUGGUGGUGGUAGAAAGCAGAAAGGAACUCAGGGAAAAAUAGGUGUGAAUUCAUAUUUUACAAGGCAUGAAGAUACCCUAACACGCUGUCAUUGGCAGAUUUUACAACUAGUGCCUAGUUCUCAGGGUGACCAAUUUUACGCUUGGGUGGUUACUGAAGGAAUCAUGAUUAAGAUUCCUGUUACUGUUCCAAGAGUUUUUUACAUUAAUUCUAAAGCACCUAUUGAAAAGAUAUUUGAAAAGAUAUGUGAAGAAAUACCUCCAGGAAAGGAUGUCAAAAAGGCUCUUCCUCAUGGAAGGCAUAUCUACCACCUAUAUGAGGCUGCAAUUGAUGAGGGUCGGUUUAGGACAAUUAGUAAAAAGCUUGCAGCUCUUCUUGGCGAUCCAGAAGUUGAGGGAAUAUAUGAAACAAAGGUACCUUUGGAGUUCAAUGCAAUCGUUCAGAUUGGUUGUGUCUGCAAAGUGGAUAAAACUGCUAAGAAGAGAAACGUCCAAGAUGGUUGGACUGUUAGUGAACUGCACAUGAAGACAACUACGGAGUGUUCAUAUCUUGACCAGUCCAUCUCAUUCUUUUACUUGUAUCAGAGCACAUCUGAAGGGCGAGCUAUAUAUAUUGCCUAUUUUCCUGCAUCGGCAACAAUAACGGUUGUGGUGGUAAAUCCUUAUCAAAAUAAAGAUUUGUCACCAUCUUUUCUGGAAAAACUAUUCCGUGAUGCAUGCCAAACAUUAUCAAUUCAGCCACCUCCUAGGAAUGGUAUCAUUAUAAAGGUGGACUAUGUUGGAUUCGUCAAGGAUGCUGAAACAAUUUUGCACCGUGCAAUUAAUGAGUACAGACAUGAACAUUCCGGACCUACAAUUGCUGUUAUCGAAUGCCCAAAUUUUCAAUUGAUGAAGUCAUGUAUAGGAGCUCUUGAUGAUUUUCCUUGCGUGAGCAUUCCCUCCAAUGCUCGUGAUAGUCUUUACCAGGUUCUUGGGUGGCAGCAAGUGGCUGCAAAAAUUGGAAUGCAGCGCUGUGCUGCAUCACCUCAGUGGUUGAAUGAGAGAAUUUCACUCUCAAGAUAUGCUCAUGUUCCAUUGGGAAAUUUCGAACUCGACUGGCUUAUACAUACAGCAGAUAUUUUCUUUUCAAGAGCACUACGUGAUCAACAACAGGUGCUUUGGAUAUCUGAUGAUGGUAUUCCAGAUCUAGGAGGCAUUAAUGAAGAAGAUUCAUGUUUUGCUGAUGAGGUCUGUGAACUUAAUUUUUCUUACCCUGGAGCAUAUAGGAAGGUCACCGUGGAGUUAAAGAUACAUCACCUGGCUGUAAAUGCUCUCUUAAAAAGCAACCAGGUGAAUGAAAUUGAAGGAGGUUCUUUGCUAGGAUUUGAAUCAGACAUGAACUCGGGAGUACAUACUUUUGAUGCACAUGUUGGCUUUGAUGAAGCUUCCUCAUGUGCUCCUACAUUCCGAGUCCUGAAACAGUUGAUUCAGAGGUGUCUUUCAAAUGCAGUUACGUCUGGAAAUGUUUACGCUGAUGCAUUAUUGCAACAUUUAUAUCGAUGGCUUUGCAGCCCCCAGUCUAAGCUUCAUGAUCCAGCUCUUCACCGCAUACUUCAUAAGGUCAUGAAAAAGGUGCUUGCAAUUUUAACGACUGAGUUCCGCAAAUUGGGUGCCAAGAUAAUAUUCGCGAAUUUCUACAAGGUCAUCAUAGACACAGGAAAAUUUGAUCUGUCAGCUGCCAAAGCUUAUUGUGAUAGCUUGCUUAAAACUCUGCAAACGAGAGAACUAUUUGAGUGGAUUGAGCUUGAACCACUACACUUCUGGCAUUCUUUUCUUUUCAUGGACCAGUAUAACUAUGGUGGAAUUCCGGUUAGAGAUGAAGGAAGCAUGGAUGGUGAAGCUCAAAUGGAUAUUGUAUCAAGCUGGAAUAUUGCUGAAUACUUACCCAAGAAAAUUCAGGACCACUUUGUUUAUAUUGUAUCUCAAUUUCUGUAUAUUCCCUGGGACUACGCACAAAAGCAGGCAGCAGUUAGAACAUCUUUACAGAAUGACAGCAUUUGCACACCAUCAAUCACUGUAGCAGAUGCUGAGACUUUUGAGUCUCAUAUGAUAGAUUUCCUUAAAGGACAGAUCAGCUCAUAUUUUACAGAUAAACUUCUGGGAAUUGUUCAUGAUACGAUACUUCAUAUGAAGGAACUGAAAAAAUCAGAGAAUGACCAUGAUACAUCUCUUGGGCUGCCACAAAUUGCCGGUAAUAUCCACCAAGGGGAUGCAGCACUGGAGUUCAUUAAGGACGUCUGCGGUGUUUUCUCCAUUGACCAAAAUGUUAUCCAUGAUGUUCUGGUAAUGAGAAAGAAUCUGUUGAAGAUUGUACGUGUGAGGGAGUUUGCCCCUGAAGCAGAGUUUCGUGAUCCCGGCGCAACCUUCACUUUACCAAAUGUCAUUUGCAGCUACUGCAACGACUGUAGAGACCUGGACUUGUGCCGCGACUCAGCUCUUCUAGCCGGGGAGUGGCGUUGUUGUGUACCACAAUGUGGGCAGCUUUAUGACAAAGAGGUGAUGGAGAACGGCCUUCUUCAGAUUGUGCGGCAGAGAGAGCGUCUCUACCAACUACAGGAUCUCCAAUGCCUCAGGUGUCACCAAGUUAAAGCUGCACGUUUAGCAGAGCAAUGUGUAUGCGCUGGCACAUAUAAGUGCAGACAAAACGCAGCUGAAUUUCAUACCCAAAUGGAGUUAAUUUGGAAGAUUGCCAUUCAUCAGAAAUUUCAACUUCUCCAAGAGUGCAUUGAAUGGAUUUUAGAAAUGAAUAACUCUUAAGGGAGCAGCCAAGAUUUCUUAUAUUUUGAAGAUGAACAGAAAUGUGUGACGCAGAAAUGAUGGGCAUUCAGCGAGGUACUAUAGCUAUCGAUUUGUAGCACAAUCUGUGCAAGUAAUUUGUGUUGAGCUCAAAUGCCGCAACCAAUAGAAGGAAUUUCCUCUGUAGGGAGCACUACCCUUUCACUUGUACAUAAAAUGUGUAACAGAUGAUAUUGUAAAUGGUCAAAAUAAUGUUAAAUUUCAAAGAUGGUUCACACUC